CUGUUCUCACCCAGCAGAUCCUUCACUGGCUUGAACAGUUCCAAUGACCAUGUUCCUGCUGUCCCCAACACCCCGCUCCUCAUAAGCUACCAGUCUCAGGCUCCUGCAGAGGAGGAGGAUGAAGGUGAGGAGGAAGAAACAGAAGAGUUGGGGCAAACGGAGACCUACGCAGAAUAUAUACCCUCAAAGUCCAAGAUUGGGAAGCACCACCCUGACCUCGUGGUUGAAACGAGCACUCUGUCCAGCGUCCCUCCCCCCGACAUCACCUACAGCCUUUCCCUGCCGCGCUCCGUGGCCGACAAAGGCUCGCUCUCUGCACUACAGCUCGAAGCAAUCAUUUAUGCCUGCCAGCAACAUGAAGUUUUAUUACCCAACGGGCAGCGAGCUGGGUUCCUCAUUGGGGACGGUGCCGGAGUUGGAAAGGGCAGGACAGUUGCGGGCAUCAUCUUUGAAAAUUAUCUUAAAGGGAGGAAAAAAGCUCUGUGGUUCAGCGUCUCCAACGAUCUCAAGUAUGAUGCCGAGAGAGACCUGAAGGACAUUGAAGCCUCCCACAUUCCUGUGCAUGCUUUGAAUAAGAUUAAAUACGGUGACACAGCUACCUCAGAAGGAGUCCUCUUCGCCACUUACUCUGCGCUGAUAGGUGAAAGCCAGGCAGGUGGACAGCACAGGACACGCUUAAAACAGAUUUUGGACUGGUGCAAGGAAAACUUUGAUGGAGUUAUUGUGUUCGACGAAUGCCACAAAGCCAAAAACGCCAGCUCCACUAAAAUGGGCAAAGCAGUGCUGGACCUUCAGAACAAACUGCCGCGAGCAAGGGUGGUUUACGCCAGUGCCACAGGUGCCUCUGAGCCAAAAAACAUGAUUUACAUGAGCCGCCUGGGGAUCUGGGGGGAGGGCACCCCCUUCAGAGCGUUCGAUGAGUUCCUGCAUGCCAUUGAAAAGAGGGGAGUCGGUGCAAUGGAGAUCGUGGCAAUGGACAUGAAGGUCAGUGGAAUGUACAUUGCCAGGCAGCUGAGUUUCACUGGGGUGACCUUCCGGAUCGAGGAGAUCCCGCUGGAUCAGCAGUACAAGGUUGUCUACGACAAGGCAGCGAAGCUGUGGGCAGAGGCCUUGAUGGUGUUCCAGCAGGCGGCCGACUGGAUCGGCUUGGAGUCUCGGAAAUCCUUGUGGGGUCAGUUCUGGUCAGCUCACCAGCGCUUCUUCAAGUAUCUCUGCAUUGCUGCUAAAGUCCGGCGCCUCGUCGAGCUUGCCAAGGAAGAGCUGGCCAAGGACAAGUGCAUCGUCAUCGGCCUGCAGUCCACCGGCGAGGCUCGCACCAGGGAAGUCCUGGACGAGAACGACGGGCGUCUAAAUUGCUUUGUCUCUGCUGCAGA